UAAUCCCAUUCUCUACUUACUUUACUACUCCCUUCAAAUUUCUAUAUAUUCUCUCUUUUAUCUCUCUCCACACCCUUCCUUUUCUCAUCCUCCCUAGUUUCUUUAGAAUCUUCAAGACCUCACUAUUAUCAAGAAAUGGUUAAAUUUGGAGGUGUUGUUAUUUGUCUCUUGAUUGUUGCUAUUGAUGUGGCUGCUGGGAUUCUCGGCAUCCAAGCAGAAAUUGCUCAAAACCAGGUUAAGCACUUGAGGCUGUGGAUAUUUGAGUGUAGAGACCCAAGCCAAGAUGCUUUCAAGCUAGGGUUAGCUGCAGCAGCAAUGCUAGGUGUAGCUCAUGUUAUUGCUAAUUUGCUUGGUGGGUGUAUGUGCAUUUGUUCGCAAGAAGAGCUUCAAAGAGCUUCCCCUAACAAGCAGCUUUCUGUCGCUUGCUUCUUUUUCUCUUGGAUCAUAUUAGCAGUUGGAUUGUCAAUGCUGGUGAUAGGCACUCUAUCAAACAACAAGUCAAGGGCUUCAUGUGGUUUCUCACACCAUCAUUUUUUCUCAAUUGGUGGUAUUUUGUGCUUUGUUCAUGGGCUUUUUUGUGUUGCAUAUUACGUUUCUGCCACUGCUGUUCUUAGUGAGGAAGAAAAGUAUGGUGGUGCUUAAACUUUUUUAACCAUUAAUUAAAAUCCCUUUUUUUCCUUUCCUUUUUAAAGCCAUUAGUCAUUUUCAUGCCCUCUUAUUUCAAUCUAAAGUUUGUAAUCAUUCUCUUUAAUUUGUGGCAACAGAUAUGUACAACUAAUUGAUUAUAUUAAUAUUGCUAAUUAGUAUUUAA